UGAGGCGUGUAGGUUUCGUUUUCUGUUUGUAACGUGCGGGAACGGAUAGGAAGAGCUGCGCACGAAGACUCUUUAACCUAAAUAAUAUCCACUAAUAUGUGCAGAAAAGGCGUCCAGACUCAAUGCUACGGCUGCAAAUGGAUUACCAGCCACUACAGGAUUAUCAGCGGCGAGACUCUCACGAUGCUGCGGAAAAUGGAAGGACAGACUGUUUCAAUAACAGGGCUAUUUCCACACAGGCUCUACACGAGAAUAGAGAAAAGCACGGUUGCAGACCAAGUGAGGUUUCUGGCUGAGGUUACAGAGCAGAUCGUCAAGCUCUUCAGCCAUGCAGAGAAAUGGGACACUCGGGAAUUGGAUCAUUUGCAGAACAUUCUUGAAUCCCGACAACUGGCAGAACUUAAGCACUGUGCUGAAGCUUAUCCAGCCACGAGAAGAUCAUCCAAACUCAGGAAACACUUCAUGGAGUUGAGGAAAAUUCUCAAAAAUGCUAACUACAGCCAUAACUCUUGGGAGCGAAUCAGGGCCGUAGUGAAGACUCACCUCGAAAGGAUGGACUUAAUGGCUGACCAUUUGAGGAGAAACUUUCGGGGCUGAAAGAGACAGAAUAAAAUGUAAAGUGACCAAAGCCUGGCAACCAAAUAUGAACAAAUUUGAAAUGAAAAGUUAACUGUCAAAAAAUAUAUAUACAAAAAAACACACAUAUGUUCAUUUAGAUUUUCUAUUUCCCCUUACUUGAAUGUGUCACUGUUUAGUGUUAUUGUUGUUCUUUUUCUGAUGUUGUAUGUAUAUAAU